AUGGCACCAAGACACAUCAUCGCAUCCGUCCCCCAACCCUCCCGGCGCCGCUUCGCCCCUCCUCCAUCACCGGGCGGCCAAAGCGACCUCACCCCGGACGAGGACGACAUCUUGGCGGAACUGGGCCUGCAGGCUGACGACUCGGCGUCCAGCGUCGGCGGCUCGAGCACGGGCAUCUCGGCGAUCGACUCGGGGGUCAGCGUGAACAGCAACGGGAGCGGGCGCCGGCGCCGGAGACGGAACCGGAACCGCAACAACCAGAGCGCGAACAACGCCAACGGCAGCAACAACAACAAUAACGGCAGCGGCAAUGGGAACGGGAACCUCAGCAGGCAAAAGACGGUGACGAUACCACGCCAGGGCAGCGACAGGGACGAGAAGCCUGUGAGGUUGAAGAUUGGGUUGGACCUGGACGUGGACCUGGAGUUGAAGGCCAAGUUGAAGGGGGACAUUUGCCUAUCUCUUGUCGUCGAGAGGAAGUUCUCCAAGCGCGAGUCGAUGAGGGUCAAGCCCAACUGGCGGGGCGACGUCGACGUCGAGGAGAUGUUCCACUUGCGCGUCGGGAAGUUCAGCUUCAGGCAGCGCUGGAUCGACCGAGAGGUGAGCUCGAGUCUCACGGCGGCGGUCGGGUUCUGCAUCGCCGCGGGCGGGUUCGUCGCGGGGUUCGCCGCGUCGAGGUGGCUUGGCUGA